ACUUCAAUCAAAUUCGAAAAAAAAUGGCUAAAACGCCUCUGUUCUUGAUAUUCUUCUUCUUGGUGGCUUCUACUGGUCUCAGAUCUGCCAUUUCUGCCAGAAUUCUGCUCGAUGAGGAUGACGCUGACGUCGCCGAGUCUCAGCCCCAAGCGGCGGUUACUCCUCCUCUCGCCACCGUCCCAUCGCCGGCCACUUUUCCGGCGCCUCAGGUUGGCCCAGGUAUAACACCCUCAAUCAACACCCAGAUUCCGACGACCACUCCUUCUCCGGCCACCGCCGGUGCCGACGACGAUAUUUCACCAACACCAAUAAUACCCCAAACCAACCCACCAGUCGUAGCCCCCAAUGCAGCUGCAGAAGACGACGAAGAUGACAACAUUAUUCCCACAACAACAACAGCCACUCCGGCCGCCGCCGUCGCACCUAUCACACCAUCCCCAACCGGCCCAUCUCCGGCAACGACGGCGGGCGGCGCCGAACCAUUCUCAUUCUUCAUGCACGACAUCCUCGGAGGGUCCCACCCAUCGGCAAGAGUGGUGACCGGAAUCGUGGCGAACUCCGACAGCAGCGGCAUCGCAUUUUCAAAACCGAACGACAACUUCUUCCCGAUCCAAGGAACUCUCCCGUUGCUCAACAACGACAACCUCAACAACAUCAUCAACAACAACAACAACCUCCCUUUUCUCGCCGGCUUCAACGGCGCCGGCGGCGGCAGCAGCAACCUCCUCCUCCAGAACAGCGCCAACAACGGCGUCCUCAACGGCGGCGACGACAACCAGCCCUUCGUCACCGCCGGCCAGCUCCCCUCCAGAGUCACUCUCCAGCAGCUCAUGUUCGGCUCCGUGACGGUGGUCGACGACGAGCUGACGGAAGGCCACGAGCUCGGGUCGGCGGUGAUGGGGCGGGCGCAGGGGUUCUACUUGGCGAGCUCGUUGGACGGGACGAGCCAGACGGUGGCGCUGACGGCGUUGUUCCACGGCGGCGGCGGCGGUGGGCACGAGCAUGGAGUUGUUGAGGAUAGUAUAAGCUUUUUUGGGGUUCAUCGGACGGCGACGCCGGAGUCGCAGAUUGCGGUGAUCGGAGGGACGGGGAAGUAUGAGAAUGCUAAAGGUUAUGCGACGGUGGAGACGCUUCAUCAUCAGGAGGAUCAGCACACGACGGACGGUGUGGACACCAUUGUUCAUUUCACAGUUUAUCUCUCCUAAAUUAAUUUAAGGAGUUAUUUGGGUUUAUAAGCUUUGUGAUUUGUAUUGAAAGUUUCGUGUUUCUUUA